AAGAGUCCUCUUCACCUUUGCGAGUCAUGUGACUCUCGCUGUCACUCAGACGACACCAACGACAUGCACUUUGACCGGCACCCUCGCUUUGACCUGCAGCCUCAAAAUUCCAUCCUGGCUCGGAAUGUGUCCACACGCUCCUGCCCCCCACGCACCGGCCCUCCUUCAGACCUGGAUGAGGAGGAGGAGGGUGGCACAGAGAGAGGAGAGCGUAAGGCAGGACAGAUGAAGAUCAGAAAAGACCCUCAAAGGCGUUACACUGAUAACCCCAGCAAGGAGUGUUUCACGCUUAAAUUCGACCUGAACGUUGAUAUAGACACAGAGAUCGUCCCUGCCAUGAAAAAGAAGACACUGAGAGAGGUGCUUGGGCCAAUUUUUGAGCGGAAAGGCAUUGAAUUGUCUAGAGUCGAGCUGUUCCUGGACCAGUCUAACACUCCCCUGUCGCUGAACUUUGGUGCCUACCAUUUUGGAGGACACUACAUUAAAGUAAAAGCUUGUCCUGGUGCCAAGCUGACCAUGGAGCGGGAUGUAAAGGACCUCCAGUCUCUAUCUUUGCCCAUUAUGAAAAGCUCAGUAGGAGAGAGUCCUUACAUCCUCUGUCCCACCAGUGAAAAGCUUGAUCAAAGCUCGGAUCAUCGCAGAGACAGCGUGGAUAUACUGGGUCAAGCGCGUCGGCGUAAGAACAUGACCGAAUUCCUGGGUGAUGCCAACAUCCCAUCGCCGGACUCUCUGGCCCAGCUUGGCGGCUCUCUCCCAAGCAUCGUGCCUCCUGGAUUUGAUAACCGCAAGAACCGCAGCGCUGGACGCUUUAGCGGGUUCUUCUUCCCCUCCUACAAGGAGGUGGACCGUGUGGAGCUUCUCAACAACAGACUGCAGAUGUUUACAUGCCACGGCUUGCCCAAGAUGCCACCUCAGCUUUCCUUCCAUCAAGAUUCUUGGGAGGAGGAGGAAGAAGAGCCAGAUCUGACACUGGAAGACAGCUGGCAGCAGCUCCUAGAGAACCCAGAGACUCUAAGCAAGAGGCAGUUUCAGCAGCAGGAGGCAAUAUGGGAGCUGCUGCAUACUGAAGCUACCUAUAUCAAGAAGCUGAAGGUCAUCACUGAUCUUUUCAUCUCUGGAUUGCUAAGCCUUCAAGAUUCCGGCCUUCUCUGCGAGGUUGAGUCUGCCAAGCUCUUCAGCAACAUUCCCGACCUGGUGCGGGUGCACACAGCACUAUGGACUCAGGUCAUGGCACCAGCGCUGCAGAAAGCUCGCCGGGACCGGAGCAUGCUCGACCCGACCGAUCUGCUCCAUGGUUUUCAGUCUUUUCCGUCCAGGUUCAAGCCUUACCUGUGCUACUGCAUGGAGGAGGAGAGCUGCAUGGAGUACAUUCGCACCCAGCUCAGAGACAACGAACUCUUCAAGAUCUUCAUCACUUGGGCUGAGGGCAACAAGCAGUGCAAUCGGCUGAAGCUGGCCGACAUGCUGGCGAAGCCACACCAGAGACUCACCAAAUACCCACUGCUGCUGAAAACCAUCCUAAAGAAGACGGACGAUCCUGCAGCCAGGGAUGCCCUCCUUACUAUGGUGGAGCGUGUGGAGAGCUUCAUCAACAGCGUGGACUCUCAGAUGCUGCAGAGGCAGGAACAGCAAAAGCUGGCCGCCAUAUCAGCUCGUGUAGAGAGCUAUGAGGCGGUGGAGGGAGGCAGUGAGGAGGUGGAGAAGAUUCUGAAAGAGUUUAACCACAUCGACCUGAUGUCUCCGAUGAUUGACAUCUCCCCAGAAGAGACCAGACAGCUUUAUCUGGAGGGAGCACUGCGCAUGAAAGAAGGAAAAGACAGCCGGAUGGACGUCUACUGCUUCUUAUUCACUGACAUGCUGCUCAUCACUAAACCAGUGAAGCGUUUGGAAAAGGUGAAAGUGAUUCGACAGCCGCUACUCCUCCAUACUGUUGUCUGCAAGGAGCUCAAAGACCCAGGAUCUUUUGUCCUCAUCUACCUCAAUGAGUUCAAAAGUGCAGUGGCUGCUUAUUCGUUCCAGGCCAACAGCGCCGCCCAGGGGCGAACCUGGAUCGAUGCAGUCUGUUCUGGCCAGAAAAAGCUGCAGCGGCUGCGUAGCGAGGAAUCCAGACGGCAGGCUGGACUGAAUCAGAGACUUUUAAAGGAAGAGGAGGAGGAUGGAGGCGAGCAGAGCAGUAACUCAGCUGCCAGUUCUCCACGUCUAGGAGAGAAAGAACAUCAUAACACAGAAAGUUCUGACGGCUCCACAGAGACGCUGUCGGUGAUGGAAACUGAGGAGUCCAUAGCGUACUCGGAUCAGCAGACUGACCCCGACCUUGCAGCGUCCUCCCUUUCCACCAGUUCGGACCUUCAGCCUUUCCAGGAUGUCCCAGAAAGCUCAGAAAUGGACUCCCAAUGUCGUUCCCAGUCCAUGGACAGCGCUUACGGCACACUUUCCCCAGAGUCCGUGCUGGACCUGCAGGUUCAGACAGGCACCAGUGAGGAGGAAGAGGAGGAGGAGAGCACUGAAGAGGAGACAGAAGCAGACCAUAGCGAGACGGCUGCAGAGGAGGAGGAGAAAGAAGAAGAGGAAGAGUCAGACAGGAGCUCACUGGGCUCCCGGAUAUCGGUGGCGGCUCACCUGAAGCCGAGGAGACGGGCACCGGUGCAGUCUCGCCUCCGAUGUCUCUGGAGGCUGGCAGACAAGUGCCAUUCGGAGGACAAUCUGCUGCAGUUAGUCCACAGCGAGGACAAAAAAGGCAAAAAUUGCAUGCAGGUCUUGAAAGCCCGGCGCGGUUCCGAGUUCAGCGUGGAUUGGUCAGAACAGCCGGCACACAGCAUGAGCCUAAAUGAUCUGACCCCGGCUGACGUGGACACAUCCCCUCCGAGAGAAAAACCCAGAGCGGAAAGCGAGCGACUGGCACACAGCCUGCCGUCCUCUCUGCUAAAAGACAAACUAGCACGCGCCAAGGCUGAUCGUGCCCACAGCGAUGAUAAACAGCAAAGUAUUAUGGAGCGCAGUGGAUCAGACGGAGACAUGGCGCCCCAUGUGUCUGGAAAAGGGAGCUGUGCCGCUUCAGAGGACCAGACGGGCGGCAGAAAAAAAUCACAGCAGCACAAGAAGCUCACACUGGCACAGCUGUACAGGAUACGUACCACGCUGGUGCUCAACUCCACCCUCACCGCCUCGGAAGUGUAGAAUCUGCCACAUCAGUCAGAUGCCCGCAGGACCUUGGUGCAGCCUGGCACAACUGACCUCCUGCCACAUGCACUCUAGCCGAUGAGCGGAACUGUUUGCACUUUCUAAUCAUUCUAGUAGCUUUUUGCUUUAUGGGGAUUCUGUGCAGGAGGAGAGAUGAGUAGGAGCAAGUGGCCAUGCUUUGGUCUGGUCCAUUUCUAGACUUGGGCCGGACCUUAUUGGAUAGUGAAAUUCAAUCACUGGACGUUUGAAUUCAGUCGCAAAGGACUAAAUGUAGCGUUUGGUUCACUUGUUACUUAUUAUCUGUGUUCUGGAGGUACACUAUUUAAGUUGGGUGCCUCAUUCUUGAUGUCAGAUCCUUUACUGGCUCUCUAGUUAUAUCAAUGUCAACAAGGGUCAUGAGCACCACCUACUUCUGUUUAUAUGUAAUGGAAAAAAAAGCCAAAUGGUCAUAUGGAGUUUACCUGUAUGGAAAAUAAGCAAAAGCCAGAACCAAACAUGGGCUGAUGUUGCACAGUGUGUUAUUUAAGCAGUUCACAUAUUUACUUUGUGUGCGUGGGAAAUGUGUGUAGGGUGUACGAGUGUGUGUAAAGGAGUGUAAUAUUAAUUGUGGGUUAAAAAAAAUGCAAUGCAAUCAUAGUUGUGUGGGUGUGUGUGUGUGUGUCCUCAUCUACACAAUGAACCAAAAUAUAACCAUCAGUGACAUGGUGACUGAACAGAUUAAAUUAGAACACAAGCACCAGUGUUAGAAAGUGUACCGUUUAUAAUAAUUAAUACUGAUUGUUUUGGGACGCAUCCCCUCGAUCGCUAGCCUUCUGUAUUUUUGAGCGCAGCCUGGGAUUCGAACCCUUGGGACUCAGACAUUGCUGUUACCUGUGUGUUACCAUCACACUGCACAUUAUAUUUAUUAACUUGUUUGGAGAAAAUGUGCUGUUUGAAAUACAGUGGGGUCAAAGAAUCGCAUCUAAAGCACAACACAAUGUCCAAAAGUAUGUGGACACGAGAUCAUAAGCUUGCUGUACAUCCUAUUUCGUAACCAUGAUUAUUAUCUUACCAGCUAUAACAGACUCCACUCUUCUGUCGAGGAUAUCCAUAUGAUUUUAGAGUGUGUGUGUGCGAGUCAAAUGAGCAUUUGAGCAAACUCAACCCAAAAGUGUUCAAUGGGGUAAGAUCAGGGCUUUGUGUAGACCACUGGAAUUCCUAUAGGAUUUAGGAUUGAAUCUCGUAUCCCUCUAAUGUUAGGGCGAAUGCUUCACUAACUCUCCUGGGUUCGAUCCCCAGGUGGGGUGGUCCGGGUCCUUUCUAUGUGUCUGCGUGGGUUUCCUCCGGGUGCUCCGGUUUCCUCCUACGGUCCAAAGACAUGCAAGUGAGGUGAAUUGGAGACAUGGAAUUGUCCAUGACUGUGUUCGAUAUAACCUUGUGAACUGAUGAACCUCGUGUAAUGAGUACCUACCGGUCCUGUCAUGAAUGUAACCAAAAGUGUAAAACAUGACGUUAAAAUCCUAAUAAACAAACAAACAAACAAGCUUCACUAAUUUCCAUAAAGAAAAGAUUCAAAGGUGUAGCAUUUUAGUUUACAACCAUCACAAAGAAGGCUGUAAGAUUGCACAUGGUUGCAGAACUUCUCAUGGUUCUGAGCAUUGAGACUGAAACACAAGGUCGACCAAUUUCAGAUCUGUGAUCAGAGAAUAUAAUGUUAUUAUGAUUUAUUUAUAUGAUGUAAGGAAAAAUAACCUGAUCAGAUCAGAUCAGCACUUAUUAGGAACCACUUGUUUAAAGUUCUUAGAGGACAUAUAACAAUUUACCAGGUUUGUAAGGUUACUGUUUAUUACUGAGGUUUGUGUUACAUUUUUAAUUCUGCUUAAUGUACUAAACCAAAUACGUUUUAAUGUAUUUUGUAAAUUUGCCCAAAUUAAUAUUGUAUAUUACUGUUUACUUCCAGUUUUUGUUGUUCUAUUUAUUAAACUUGCUUUGUUUUAUAUAUGAAACCUGGUUUGUAAAUGUUUUGUUUAUUUCCAGACUGUAAUAUUUUCUCAUGGUUUGUAGUUUUAAUUUGUUCUACUAUCGUAUGUCUGUUUAAUGGCUAAAAGAAUAAUUUUUAAAAACCAAAGUAACUUUUUUCC